AUGGCCUGGUCAAUAGACCCAGUGGCUCGGGUUGCCCUUUUACUCUGCAUCGGAGUAGCCUUGGUUGAGGCAAGAGACUCCCGCAACCAGUUCACGGAAUUCUUCACAACAUUCAACGGCUGGUACUAUGGAGAGGGCAACAGUGAAAAAUGCGAGCUAGCUCAUCAGAACUACACUUCGGCACCAGAGAUUCCUGGGCAGCACCGCUGGGCUUGGGAAUUGGUUGACUGCAUUCUAGGAGUCACCAGCGAGGCCCAGAAAGCGGAAUUCGCCCUGUCUGCAACACUUCUGACUGUUCUCCCCGUUGGGCUGGCACAGAUCCGUCCAGGGUUGACUGAGACCGGCUGUCUUGCUAUGCGCAGGCCUUUCCUGGCUCUGAUGCUUGAGAUUGGCGUGCCCUCGCCAAAUCCAAUUACUGGCACCAUUAAUGGGAGAAAGGUCAGAAAGCUCGGCGCUUCAAGGCCUAUUAAACAGCUUGAAUCUCUCAGAGCUUUUCGCUUUGUGAUCUCGCUGCUGGAGUAUGUCCUUGGGAUGGGAUCAACGGCCAACUGUAUUUACCAGAUAUAUCGCCUGUGCUACAAGGCCAUUGCCCUUGCACCCAUCGCAGUAUUCAUGCCAGGAUUAUCUGAGACGGCUGUAGUGCUGGGAUGGAUGGGUUUGCUCCUCCCAAUUCACUAUCUGGGCGUCCUUACUUUCGCCUACACAUAUCCCGUAGCAGGGCCAAGACGAUCUCUAAAGCAGUGGAUCAUGGACGAACUGACACCCUGCUGCUACGGUCGACCAAUUAAGCGGCUUGGGAAGGGCUGCCUGGAAUUUGUUACAAACUUGGUCGCAUGCCUCCAUAUCAUGGUUGGGACAGUAUUGCUGGGCAGCGUGUUUUUUAUCACAUUGGCCGAUGUGCUUCCUGUCAUUGAAUCAUUCGUGGGUGCUGCUCUUGUAACAAGACUAGUCGCUACGAUCGAGUUUGAAGGGAUGAGGAUGGCAAAUCACCCCAAGCUUGAGAUCUCCAGCAUGGGUGUAAAGGAAGGGGAGGAAGGACAAACGUUCUACUUUGGCAAACAACAUUAA